AUUAAAAUAAAAAUAUAAUCAUCUUUUAUUACAUGUUGUUUUAUAUUAUCAGCUUAAAAAUGCACAUAUUAUGUAACUUGUAGAUAAGACUAUUUGUAAACAUAAGCUACUACUUGCAAAGAUAGAAACAUUCUCAAAUAUUAUCUCCUUGUAAGAAGUUUCAGUAACAUUUCAUAAGAUGAAGCUACCUUUUCGCGGUUUAAUUGCCCCUGUUUUCACCCCCUUCAAUAAUGAUGAAAAAAACUCCAUAAAUUUCAAUGUUUUACCUGAAUACGUUAAGUAUUUAAGUGCAGAAAAUAUUAAUGGAAUUUUAGUUAAUGGGACCAGUGGUGAAGGGAUGUCUUUGACUGUGGAAGAAAGAAAAUUACUUUGUGACGCUUGGCUGAGAGCUUCUCUUCCAGAGACUCAUGUUAUGGUCCAAGUGGGUGGACUGCCUUUACCUUACGUGUUGGAACUUGCUGAGCAUGCAGAGAAGGCUGGUGCCCAUUCCUUACUCUGCUUACCCGAUCUUUACAAUAAACCCAAUAACAAUGAAGAACUCAUCGAGUAUUUGAAAUUGGUCAGCAAAGCUGCACCCAACACUCCCUUAUUGUACUACCAUAUUCCAAUGUUCACUAACGUCAAUAUUGAUAUGGGUAAAUUUCUGAAUGAUCGAGUUAACGAGGUACCCACUUUCGCUGGGAUCAAGUUUACGUCUAACGAUUUGAAGGAAGGAAUUGAGGCGGUCAAUGCUAAAAACAAAGAGUUUGCAGUGUUUUUAGGAGCUGACAUGCUUAUGGCAGAAUCCUACGCUUUGGGUUUCGAUUCGUCCAUAGCGACUACACUAAAUAUUUUCCCUACAUUGGGAGUAAACAUUAAGAAGUUCCAUAACGAGAAUAAAUUUGAGUUGGUCGAAGAGAACCAAUCUCGGCUUUCCAACAAUGUUACGACUAUUACCAAAUACGGUGGUUGGGUUUCUAGUAUGAAAUCCGCAAUGAAUUUGUUCACUAGAAUCAACUGUGGUCCAGUACGGGCGCCGAUUGUCCCCGUUCCUCAAAGACUAAUGAACAUCUUGCGUAACGACGUCGAACGCGCCGCAGAGAAACGACAAUAAGUGGAAAAUAAAAUGUACAAAUUAAAAUACAAAAUAACCGAAUAGUAAUAAUAAUAAUUACUUA